AUGGACUCCGCGUAUGAGAUGAGCCACAUUCGCAAGCUCCAGGCACAGCACAUGCGGAUGCAGGAGAAGACUUUCACUAACUGGAUCAACGACAUCUUCCAGCACGGCAGGGUGGGCAUCAAGAUCCAGAACCUGUACACAGAGCUGGCCGAUGGCACCCACCUACUGCGGCUGCUGGAGCUCAUCUCGGGGGAGACCCUGCCACCCCCCAGCCGGGGCCGCAUGCGAGUACACUUCCUAGAGAACAGCAGCCGAGCUCUGGCUUUCCUCAGGGCCAAGGUGCCAAUACCCCUCAUUGGGCCAGAGAACAUUGUGGAUGGAGACCAGACACUCAUCCUGGGACUCAUCUGGGUCAUCAUUCUGCGUUUCCAGAUUUCCCAAAUCUGCCUGGACAGGGAGGAGUUUGGGGCCAGCGCAGCCCUGCUGUCUGCCAAGGAAGCUCUGUUGGUCUGGUGCCAGCGGAAGACGGCCUGCUAUGCCAAUGUCAACAUCACCGACUUCUCCCACAGCUGGAGUGACGGACUCGGCUUCAGUGCCCUUAUCCAUGCACACAGGCCAGACCUGCUUGACUACUGCUCCCUGCGUCCCGAGCGCCCACUACACAACCUCGACUUGGCUUUCCGUGUAGCUGAGCAGGAGCUGGGCAUUGCUCAGCUGCUGGACCCCGAGGACGUGGCUGCUCUCCAGCCCGAUGAACGCUCCAUCAUGACCUACGUCUCCCUCUACUACCACCACUUCUCCCGCCUGCACCACGAGCAGACUGUCCAGAGGAGACUCGCUAAGAUCCUGCUUCAGCUCCAGGAGACAGAGGAGCUGCAGACCCAGUACGAGCAGCUGGUGGCCGACCUGCUGCGCUGGAUUGCAGAGAAGGAGGUGCAGCUAGAGGCACGGGAUUUCCCAGACUCCCUGCCUGCCAUGCGUCAGCUACUGGUGGCCUUUGCCUUCUUCCGCACCCAGGAGAAGCCACCACGGCUGCAGCAGCGAGGGGCCAUAGAGGCCCUGCUCUUCCGGCUGCAGACGGCACUCCGAGCCCAGAAUCGCAGGCUCUUCCUGCCUCACGAGGGCCUGGGCCCCGCAGAGCUGUCCCAGCGCUGGGCAGUCCUGGAGCGGGCAGAGGCCUCAAGAAGCCAGGCCCUGCUGCAGAGGAUCCUACAGCUAGAGCGGCUGGAAACCCUGGCCCGGCGCUUCCAGCGCAAGGCAGCCCUCAGGGAGAACUUUCUGACGGACACAGAGCAAAUGUUGGACCAGGCCACAGCUGCCGCCCCGCCAGCCAGCCUGGCCACAGUGGAUGCAGCUGCCCAGAGACUGGGCAUGCUGGAGGCCAGCAUCCUGCCCCAGGAGGGGCGCUUCCAGGCCCUGGCCGAGAUUGCAGACAUCCUUCAGCAGGAGCAGCACCAUGGCUGGGCAGAUGUGGCCCGCAGGCAACUGGAGAUCACUGGGCGCUGGGAGCAACUCCUUCGGCGUCUCCAAGGGCAGAAGAAGCAGAUGGCAGGUGUGCAAGCUGUGCUGAGCCUGCUGCAGGAGGUGGAGACUGCCUCCAACCAGCUCAAGGAGCUACAGGUGCUGGCCAGCUCCACGGCCUGUGGGCAGCAGCUGGCUGAGACCGUGGAGCUGCUGCAGAAGCAUGACCUGCUGGAGGCCCAGGUCUCAGCCCACGGGGCCCAUGUGCGCCAUCUUGGCCUCCAGACCUCGCAGCUGGACUCCUCUCUGGGUACUACUGUGGAGGUGCUGCAGGCCAAGGCCCAGGCACUGGCCCAGCUUCACGGGAGCCUGGUGUCUCUUCUAAGGGCCCGGCGCACCUUGCUGGAGCAGACCCUGCAGCAGGCAGAGUUCCUGCACAACUGUGAGGAGGAGGAAACCUGGUUGAGGGAGCACGAACAGCUGGUGGAGGAUGAAGCCCUGGGCCGGGACCUUAGCCAGAUCAGAGCAGCCCUGCAGAAACACAAGGCCCUGGAAGUCGAGCUCCGCCACCACCAGGCCAUGUGCACUGAUCUCGUGCGGAGGGGAUGCGACCUGGGAGCCCGCGGGCACCCCACGUGGCCAGACCCCAGGGAGCGGGCCCAGGCACUGCAGGGCGCAUGGCAGCGGCUCCGGGGCUCCACAGCCAGGCGGGGCGCUCGGCUGCAGGCGGCUAUGCUUGUCCAGGAGUACUUCAGUGAUGCGGCUGACGCGGCCUCGUGGCUGCGGGAGCAGCAGUCGGCCCUGGAGAGCGCGUCCCGCGGGCGGGACCAGACGGCCGCGGCCCUGCUGCUGCGCCACCAGCGACUGGAGCGUAGCCUGCACGCCUUCGGGACGGAGCUACGGCGACUGGACGAGCAGGCGCGGGCGGCCGCAACCCAAGUGUCGCUUACCGUGGUAUCUGCCCUGAGCUCUCCAAAGGAAGGCCCGAGGAACCUCCGGACCUGGAGUGAGGUUUCCUGCCACUCUGGGCCCCCAAGCACUCAGAAGAUGGUCCUCUCCGCUGAGCUUGACCCUGACUUUGACCCUAACACCAUACUCCAGACACAGGACUGCUUGAACCAGGACUAUGAGGGCCUGGGGGCCCUGGCAAAGCACCGCAGAGCUCAGUUGGAGGAGGCAGUGGCCCUAUUUGGCUUCUAUGACUCAUGUGGAGAGCUGCAGUCAUGGCUGGAGAACCAGACCGCACUGCUCCAAAUGCUGCAGCCCCAGGCGGAUGACUUGGAAGCCACGCGGCUCAAGUAUAAGAACUUCCUCACUGCCCUGGCUGUGGGAAGGGGCUGCUUGACUGAGGUCAGCAGCUCUGCUGAGCAGCUGAAGCAGAGAUGUCCUGAAGAUGCUCCCAGAAUUCAGCAACAGCAGGAGGAACUGAGCCAGAGGUGGGGGCAGCUGGAAGCCCUGAAGAAAGAGAAGGAAAUGCAGCUGGCACGCACCACGGACGUGUGCAGUUUUCUGCACAAGUGCAGAUCCACACAGGUCCAACUGCGAGACCUGACACUCCAGCUGGAAACCCUGGAGCUGGGGCAGUCAGAGGACAGCCACCGUGUCCUGCAGCUGGCCCAGCAGAAGAUGCCAGCACUGGAGAGAAGCGUGUACCACUUGAAGAGGAUCACCAUAAAAGCUGAAGAGGCGGGCCCCACAGAGAAUCAGUGCCUGAGAGGACAGGUGGAGACGCUGCAGGGGCUGCUGGAGCAGGUACAGCAGCACGUGGCCCGACAGGCCAGGGCCCAGGCCGAGGUACGGACACGGCAGAGCUUCCUACAGGACAGCCAGCAACUGCUGCUGUGGACGGAGGGCGUCUGGGCUCGGCUGCACAGUGAGGAGAAGGCAGUGGACGUGGCCUCGGCCCAGAGGCUGCUGAUGGAGCACGGAGACCUUCUAGAGGAGAUACGGCUGCAGCAGGAGAGGCUGCAGCAGCUGGAGGCCCGGGGCCAGCCCAUUGCAGCCUCGGACUCUCCGGACUCCCAAGAGGUGGCCCGUGUUCUGAGGCUCCUGAGCCAGCGAGGCUGGGGACUGCAGGCCGCCUGGGAGCAGAGACGGCAGCAGCUGCAGGAGGAGCUGGAGCUGCAUAGAUUCAGCAGAGAUGUAGAUGACUUCACUGCCACUUGUGCCAGCCACGAGGCCUUCCUGCGGCAGGGCCGCCUUGGGGAGGAUGUGGGGGAGGCCCAGAGCCUGCUGCAGCAGCACCAAGAGUUUGGACACCUGCUGGGCAUCCUUGGGCCUCGAGCAGAGGCUCUGCGGGCACGUGGCAAGAAGCUGGCCCAGAGCCGACACCCUGCUGCGCACAAGGUCAGAGCGCAGCUGCAGAGCAUCCAGGGACGGUGGACCGGGGUCCAGGAGAGGAGUGAGCAGAGGAAGAGGCAGCUGCUGUCCUCCCUCCAGCUCCAGAAAUGGAAACAGGAUGUGGCAGAGCUGAUGCUGUGGAUAGAGGAGAAGGGGCUGAUGGCAGCACAUGGGCCUUCCCAAGAGCCCAGCAACAUCCUGCAGCAACUCAAGCUGCACAGAGCAGCUGAGCGAGCGCUGCUGGCCACCUACGGGCACAUGGAGGCCCUGCAGCAGGUUGGGAGACAGCUGUUGAGCAGCAGGCUCCAUGCCCAGGAAGAUGUGCAGGGCAGCCUCCAGGGCCUGAGUGACAAGUGGGAAGAGUUGAAGCACAAGAUGGCAGAGCGUGGGGACCAGCUCCAAAAAGCUAGGCAGCAGACCCAGCUUCUGCGGCUGCUGCAGGAUGCCAAGGAGAAGAUGGAGCAGCUGGAGGGGGCUCUGCAGAGUGCAGAACCAGGGCAGGACCUGGGCUCAAGCCGGCGGCGACAGAAACAGCACUGCCAACUGGAAAGCGAGAGCCAGGCGCUGGCCAGCAAGAUGGCUGCCCUCGUCGCCCAGGCAGAGCGGGGACUCACCUCCCAGACCGUCAGGGAAGAGACCCAGAAGUACCUGCAGAGAUUCGAGUCCCUGCGGGAACAUCUGGCCACUCGGCACGUACAGCUGCAGGCCUCACUUGAGCUGUACCGGUUCUACCAGCUGAGCGACCUGGAGCUCACUUGGGUGGCUGAGCACAUGCCCAGAGCCAGCUCCACCAGCUCCACCAGAUGCUUGAAUGGUGCUCAGAGACUUUGCCACAAGCAUGAGGUGCUCCAGGCACAGGUGAAAGCCCACCAGGGACAGGUGCAAUGGGUGCUGGGUUCCGGACGGAGCCUCGCAGCCUCGGGGCACCCCCAAGCCCAGCGCGUCAUGGAACAGUGCCAGAAGCUGGAAGGCCUCUGGGCAGAGCUGGAACGGACGUGUGAGGUACAGGCCCAGUGCCUGCAGCAGGCUGUUGCUGUCCAGCAGUAUUUUCUGGCUGCAUCAGAACUGGAGGACUGGGUGAAGGAGAAAUGGCCACUGGUGAGCAGUCAGGACUAUGGUGGAGACAAGGCAGCCACUGCCAGGCUCAUUGGGAAGCACCAGGCCCUACAGCAGGAGCUGGUUCUUUAUUGGAGCUCCAUGGAGAAGCUUGACCAGCAGGCCCACACCCUCACUGGUCCCGGGGCCCCUGAGCAGCUGGAAGUGGUGCGGGAGAGGCUUCGGGAGCAGCUCCAGGCGCUGCAGGCGUUGGCAAUCACACGGGGCCAGGAGCUGGAGGGGACUCUGAAGCUGCAUGAGUUCAUGGGAGAGGCCGAGGAGCUGUGGAGCUGGCUGGCUAGCCAGAAGCAGGUGGCCAGGGAAGGGGAGAGCCUCGGAGAAGACCAUGAGCACGUCCUGCACCUCCGCACCAAGUUUGCAAAGCUUCAGCGCCAAGUAGAGUUGGGUGGCCAGCGGGUGGCAACCUGCCAGCAGCUGGUAGAGAGCCUGCUGGAGCUCAGGCACCACGCUGCCCCCGACGCCCACCAGAGGCAGCAGGACCUGCAGGCUUCCUGGUCAGAGCUGCGGGAGCUGACCCAGGCCCAGGGCCACCGGCUCCAAGAUGCCGAGGUCACCCUCAGAGUUCACAGAGAUCUGUCGGAAGCCCUCAGGCAGGUCCAGGAGAAGACCACAAGCCUCCCCAGUGAUGUGGCCUCAGACCUGCGUGGGCUGGAGGCCCAGCUGAGGAGACACGAGGAGCUGGAGCAUGAGCUCCUGGGCACUGGGCGGCAGCUGCAGGAACUGCUGGAGACUGCGAGCAGGGUACAGAAGCUGGGUCGGGGACCCCAGGCCCAUGCGGUGCAGCAGAGGCAGCAGGCUCUGGUGAAGGCCUGGGAGGCCCUGAAGCUACACACGGAGCAGCGCAGGACUCAGCUGGAGCAGGCGUGCCUCCUGGCCCGUUUCCACAGAUCAGUGCAGGAAUACACCUCCUGGGCAGCCAGAGUGUGGCAGGAGCUGCAGGGAGAGGAGAGCUCCAGGGAGCCCAGCAGUGGCCUUCUAAAACUCGUCACCCACCAACAGCUUCGGGCAGAGCUGGAAGCCCGGGAGGAAUUGCACCAGAGGGCCUCCGAGCUGGGCCAGCAGGUGCUUCUGGCUGCAGGGACACCCAUCGAGGAGGUCCAGGAAAUGCUGCAAGGCCUGCAGGAUGAGCGGGAACAGAUGUUCCAGGCCUGGGAACAGAAGGAAAAGAAACUACAAGCCAUGUACCAGGAGCAGAUCUUCCUCAGGAAGUGUACCCUCCUAGAUCAGAUCCUCACAGCCCAAGAGGUCUCCCUGAAAACAAGUGCCCUGGGGAGCUCAGUGGAAGAGGCAGAGCAGUUGGUGCGCAAACACAAGACCUUCCAGAAAGUUCUGACUGUCCAAGAUGAGCAGGAGGCAGCUCUGUGUGAGCAGGCGAAGACCCUUGGGGGUCCCAAGGUGCAGGAUGGGCUCCGCACAGUGCUAGAGCAUCGGGCUCGAGUGAAGGACCUGGCGGAGAGCCGGGAACGUGCCUUGCACACCUCUCUGCUGCUGACUGGCUUCACCACGGCCGUGACCCAGGCUCAGGUCUGGAUCCAGGAGCGAGUCCAGCAGCUGAAAGAGCCAAUCUGUCCCGGGGACCUGAAAGAUAACUUGAGACAUCUUCGGAAACACCAGGCCUUUGAGGCUGAAGUCCAGGCCCACGAGGAGGUGAUAAUCUCUGUUACCAAGGAUGGCGAGGCUCUCGUGGCACAGAGCCACCCUCAGGUAGGAGAAGUCUCCCAGAGGCUGCAGGUCCUGCAGGAACACUGGCAGAAGCUAAGGCAGGCAGUGGCUCUUCGGGGCCAGAACCUGGAGAACAAACGGAACUUCCUGGAGUUUCUGCAGAAAGCAGACCUUGCAGAUGCCUGGAUCCAGGAGAUGGAGGCGAUGGUGGACAUGGGCGACCUGGGCCGGGACCUUGAGCACUGUCUGCAGCUCCGUAGGCAACUCCACAAGCUCCGAGGAGUCUGGGCCCAGGACACAGUGGAUGACACCCACAUCAGGAGCAUCAAUGACUUGUCCUGGAAGCUCCAGAACCUGUGCCCUGAGCAAGUCAAGACCGUCUGCCAGCGGCGACACCAGCUGAACAACAGGUGGAAGAGUUUCCAUGACAACCUACUCCGGUACCAACGGCAGCUUGAAGGGGCUCUGGAGACACACACAUUGUCGGGAAAGCUGGAUGACCUCACUGAGCGGAUUGGGGAAAAGGCCGCCCUGGUCCAGGCCCUGGACUGUGGGAAAGAUCCGGAGAGCGUGCAGAGGCUGAUACGGAAACACAAGGAGUUGGAGCAGGAAAUGGGCCUCAUCCAGGCCCAGGUGGAGUCCCUAGAUUGUGAGGUGGGCCGCCUCUGCCAGAGAAGCCCUGGGGCAGCCCAUAGCCUCAGCCACAAGCAGAGGGAGAUGAUGGACAGUUGGUGGCAGCUCCGGAGUGGGGCCCAGAAGCGGAAGGAGUCACUGGAUGCCUUGCACCAAGCCCAGAAACUGCAAGCCGUGCUAUGGCACUUGCUGGUCUGGGCCCGGAGGCUGCGGGCUGAGAUGGAUGCCCAAAGCACCCCCCGCAGCCCUGCAGAGGCCCGGCGCAUGAUAGCGGGGCACUGGGAGCUCAAGGCCGAGCUGGACUCCCAGAGAGACAGCAUCAGCCUGGCCCGAAGCACUGGGCAGCGACUGCUUGCAGAUGGGCACCCAUCCACCCCCGACAUCCUCCAGGCCCUGGCUGGUUUAGACCAGGAGCUGAACACCCUGGAGACGGCCUGGCAGGGGCACCAGCACCAGCUGCAGCAGGCCUUGGAGCUCCGGCUGGUUCUGAGUUCUAUGGAACAGGUGGAAAGUUGGCUCUGCAGCCGGGAGGACUGCCCAGCUAGUGAGGGUCUGGGGGACCCUUCGGCCAAUGUGGAGACCCUCCUGUGGAAGCACAAGGUGCUUGAGCGGGGUCUGGAGGCACAGGCUGAAAAGAUCAGCGCCCUGGAGGCGGCAGCCCACAGCCUGCAGCGGGGUGGGCACCCAGAGGCGCAGAGGGCCCUGGGCCAGUGCCAAGCCCUGCUCCUGAGGAAAGAGGCACUCAUAGAGCGAGCCGCGAGCCGUCGCCGCCAGCUGGAGGAGCUCGGGCAGCUGCAGACAUUCCUGCAGGACUCCUUGGAGGUGGCCACGUGGCUGAGGGAGAAGGACUCGGUGGCCCUGGACGAGGGCUGGAGGAACCCAGCUCUGCUGCAGACACAGCUGUGGAAGCAGAAGAGUCUCCAGGCCGAGCUAGACGCAAGUGUCCACCACCAACAAAGGCUGCAGGUGGAGGGGCAGAGACUGCUGCAGGAGGGCCACCCAGCCUCAGAGACCAUCCGGGAACGGCUCCAGGAGCUGGGAGAGCUCUGGGACAGGCUGCAGGCCAACAGCCGGAGGAAGGCAGCCAUGCUUCAGGAAGCUUGCGAGGCCCUGCGUCUCCGGCGGAGUGUGGAAGGACUAGAGAGCUGGCUGGAGCCUGUGGAGGUCACGCUGAGAGCCCCCAUCCUAGGCUGGGACCAGCCCGGGUUGGAUGAGCUCUUGGGGACUCAGGGCGGGCUGGAGGCGGCAGUAGACAGGCAGGCCGGGCAGGUGCAGCUGCUGCUGGGCCAGGCUCAGGUCUUGACGCGGGAAGGCCACUGCCUCGCCCCAGAUCUGGAAGACCAGGCCCAGAAGCUGCUGCGGAGGUUUGAGAGCCUUCAGGAGCCCCUGCGGGAGCGCAGAGAGGCCCUGGAGGCUCGGAGCCGCCUCUCGCAGUUCUUCAGGGAUGCUGACGAAGAGAUGGCAUGGGUGCAGGAGAGGCUGCCUCUGGCCGCCACCCAGGACUGCGGGCAGAGCCUGAGCGCCGUGCGGCACCUGCAAGAGAAGCACCAGAACCUGGAGAGUGAGAUCAGCAGCCACGAGGCCCUGACUCAGGCCGUGGUGGACGCAGGACACAAGCUACUGCGGGCUGGGCACUCGGCCUGUGAUGUGGCUGUCCGGGUACAGCAGCUGGAGAAUGCCAUGGGCUCCCUGCGGGCACAGGUGAUGCAGAGGCGGCUGCUGCUACAGCAGGCUCAGGAGGCCCAGCAGUUCCUGACGGAGCUCCAGGAGGCAGAAUCCUGGCUGGAAGAGCAGGGCCAUGUCCUGGACAUCGAGGAUGUGGGCCAGAGUGCCGAGGCCACGCGCACCUUUCUGCGGCAGCUGGAGGCCACCACGAGGGACCUAGAGGGGUUCAGCGUGCGAAUUGAGAGGCUACAGCAGACAGCAGCUCUCCUUGAGAGCAGACAGAACCCAGAAAGCCCCAGGGUGCUGGCCCGGAUGCGGGCGGCGAGGGAGGCCCAUUCGGGGCUGCUGCAGAGGGCAGAAGGCAGGCGGCAGGGUCUGCAGGAGCAGCUACAGCUCCACCAGCUGGAACGGGAGGCCCUGCUCCUCGACGCCUGGCUGGUCAGCAAGGUGGCCACUGCUGAGUCCCAGGACCAUGGGCAGGACCUGGAGGCUGCCAAGGUGCAGGAAGAGAAGUUUGAUGCUUUCAGAAAGGAAGUUCAGAGCCUGGGCCAGGCCAAGGUGCAGGCCCUGAGGGAGCUGGCAGGCUCCCUGGAGCGGACAGCACGCAGGCACAAGCCCCAGAUUCAAGCCCAGAGGAGUCGCAUCGAGGCGACUUGGGAGAGGCUGGACAGGGCAAUGAAAGCCCGCACACAGAGCCUGGCUACAGCCUGUGAAGUUCUUGGCUUUGAGCAGGAAGUGGCCCAGCUCCAGGGCUGGAUGCAGGAGAAGGUCACCCUGAUGGCGAGAGACAUCUGUGGCCACAAUCUGUCAUCGGUGCAGACCUUACAGCAACAGCACAGGUGCCUGGAGAGGGAGCUGGCAGCUAUGGAGAAGGAGGUCGCCCGGAUGCGGAUGGAGGCCUGCAGACUGGGCCAGCUACACCCUGUGGCUCGGGUGGGCCUGUCUGAGCAGUUGGCCAAGAUGGAAGAUGCCUGGGCCACCCUGGACGUGAAGGCCCAGGAGCAGGGUCAGCAGCUGGAGCAGGCCGCCCGGGGCCAUGCCUUCCUCGGCCGCUGUAGGGAACUGCUAGCAUGGGGUCAGGAGAAGCAGGUUCUGGCUUCAUCACAGGAGCUGGCUGGGGACCUGGUGGGGGCCGAGCAGCUCUUGGUGCAGCAGGAAGAGCUGGGGCAAGAAAUCAAGGAAUAUUGCCUUAGGGCCCAGGACGUACGGCAGGAAGGACAGCAGCUGGUGGACAGUGGGCACUUCAUGUCCCCCGAGGUGACAGGGUGUCUGCAGGAGCUGGAAGGGCAGCUGCAAGCACUGGCGGAGGCCUGCGCCCUACGCCAGGAGCGCUGCAAGGAGAGCUGGGGCCUGCAGAAGCUGCGGCAGGAGCUGGACCAGGCCGAGGCCUGGCUGGCCUCCCGGGAGGGCCUGCUGCUGGACCCCAACUGCGGGCACUCGGUGGCUGAUGUGGAGCUGCUGCUCCAUGGACACCAUGACUUAGAAAAGUCACUGGCAGCCCAGCAAGAGAAGUUUGCCCAACUGCAGAGGGAGACAGGGGUGGAACAGAAGCUGCUGCAGCAGGGGACAGGGCUGAAACCCGGGAGUGCUGGCCACCAGUUUACCUCCCUCCAGCAUAGGCCUCUUGGAAGCUGGGGGCCAGUACAGUUGGCUGAGACAAGGGACCUGCAGCCAGGUGUCCCCAUUGGGUCACACACACCCUUGGCCACCACUCUCUUCCUGGAACGUGCAGCCAGGCAGCAGGAGCCCAGUGGGGCUGGGGCUGUAGGGGAUGCAAAGGGUGCCCCCACCAUGGAAGGAUUUUUGGAGCUCAAGCAGCAAUGGCCUGCAGAGAGGCAGCCCAGCUCAAGCCCCUGGGAUUGCUGCUGUGGGACCCUGGGGGGCAGUUCCCUGAGCCUCUUCUGGGAUAAGAAGACUGCAGCAGAAGUACUGGGCAGUGGAAUACAGGCGAGGCAGAAGACAGAGAGGCCCAUGGAGAAGAGUGGACAUGGCCAUUGUGACCCCUCUCGCCUCUCUUCUCAGAACAUGGCCCCCGUGGACACCCUUGAUCUCACAGGAGCCCAGUGUGAGAGGCUGAGCAGGCUGAGCAGUGGGGUGGAGAUCCCGUAUGCAGCACCAUCAGAACAGCAUGCCUGGAGCUGGCAUCGAGCCCUGAGUGGCACGGCAGUUCUGGAAGCUGGGAAGUCCAAGAGCAAGGCACCAGCCGACUGCAUGUCUGCCCACUGUCUGAGCCUGGAGCACCGAGCCAGACCUCUGGGCUUCACUGUUGAGCACACUGCUGAGAGGGCGCCCAAGACAGCCGCCUCGCUCAGCUUCCAAGGCUGGCCCCUGACCACCUCAGUGAGGGAGCCGCAUGUAAGUGCCGACGGUCAGCUGCAGCCCAUGGAGUUGCUGCAGGCUGCUGGCCUUGCCCAGGAACCUGCCCAAGUCUUCCACCGCCUUUCCUGCCCAGGCCAAGCCCAAGGUACAGGCCCCUCAGGGGUCCCUUUGCACAUGCUAGAAAGCCUGCCUGGCUCUGUCCUUCGGGGCUCCCACCUCUCUCACCCCUUGGUCUCCUCUUCCUAA